UGUAAUGGGAUAUGCAAUGGCUUUAUUCGGUCUUGAUAAUCAAGUACAGUGAUUGAAGAAUCAAUGGUAAAAAAGGAAAAAAAAAUAAUCUAAAUCGGUACACAACGGACGAAUACAUAUCAAAAUGUAUAUGAUGCCAGAAAGUUCCGGAAUUAAUUUCAUUAAGAAAUUGGAGUGCUUGUCAGUUAUCGCAGCCUUGAUUUUGUUGACAUCUAUAAAUCCUCUAAAGGACCUUUGUGCAAAUGUUGGUCCACACAACAAUGAAACUCUUAAUAAAGUUUGUGAUUGGAGUACUUGGUACCCAUGGCAUUGUGAAUGCUGUAGCAUCAAUCAGUUUCAAUUUAGAAAACGCGCGAUUUGUUGUGAGAAGACGGUGAAGCUACCCGAGUGUUUGCAAAAGUGUAAUUAUUCGGAGAAGAGCGACACAUCUUACAAGAAUUGCAGUACAGAAUGUACCACGAACGCUGGACUAAAGUGUCAAGAGACCGCACCUUUGAGUUUAUUUGCGUCGACAUCUUCACCAAAUGUAGAUAUCAAACGAUCGUCCGUAACCACAGCAUCCCUUGUCACUGAUACGAAAAGGAAUACAAGUAAAAUUCAACUUGAUCAAUUAAACACAGAAACAUUCAAUACAUCAUCCAAUAAGGGACACAGAGCAACAACGAAGUACAACCCAGCACUUAAUAGUUCAAAUGACGGUUCUUUUGAGUAUGUUACUAAUUCCCACUUUGCUGCGCUUCCAACUACAUCACACCUGUUGACGAACAAUACACAGUCGGAGUAUAGUAAUGCUGCAAAAG